AUGGUGACCCGCGGCGAUCAGCGAGCACCGAAGCUGCAGCCUCUGUUUGAAGGCCCCUUUCGCGUGCUCAGUGCAUGCGGUAAUGGUGUCCUGGAGAUUAAUCUGCCGCCGGCUGAUAUGAUGCCCCCAGAUGAUGGGCAUCAGGUGGCGAACAGGCGUGAUCAUCACCAACCACCAACUUUGCGUGUAUGCAGUGCUUGGUGGAUCCCCAGUGGCGAUGGACCAGCGGUGCCUGAGCCGCAAGGGCUGGGUUCGCCAUUCCUGAUCAAGACGCCCCGCCAUCUGGGCCUGCUGAGCAAGUGGAGACUACGGUGGCGGUACCCGGUACCGAAGAAACCGGGACUCCAACUCCAGCAGCCGCUGAGCAAGCUGCUGCUGGAGGAGGACCUAUGCGUCGCCCUAGCUCUCACGUUCGGCCGCGUGGACGGUGCAGAACAUGAGGCUCAAGUGAGACUACCGCUGAGCAAGCGCGUCCAGACAAUGCCCACGCUCCCAGCCCCUCCGAGUUUUCGUGGAUCGACGGCUCAAGAAAAACAAGGCUUCAUGAAGAACCAAACGGAGACCGGAUUUGGACUCUACUCGCCAGGGCAGUUUUCUGGGGAGGUGGAGUCCAAAUCGCCAUUUGGCCACUUGUGCACCAGCCACACGCACGUCAAGGACACGCACGUCAAGGCCACGACACCAACAAAUUUCGGUGCUUCAACAGCCAGCUUUGGGAAAACCUUAGAGGAUUAA